AUGUCUAUUGACCAUACUGAAUUAGUGGAAGCCCCAAAAGAUCAGAAGACUCUCCAGUUCGUUGAUGAAAAACAACAGGCUAACUUUGAGCUUGGGGUAUCGAUGAUGAUCCACGGCUGGGAUGAUUUGAAAACCGCAGUUGAUAACCAGUGGGGUGGUCCAGAUAGUGAAGAGAAAAGAGACUGGAUUUCCAGUAUCAUUGUGGAAUUAUUUACUACUAAUAAUGCGGUAGAUAUUUCGCUUAUUGAAGAAACUUUGUUGUACGCCAUGGUGGAUGAAUUCCAAGUGGAGAUUGAAGAUGAUUCAGCGUUACUCGUAAGUAAAAGAAUCUUUGACACAUACAAGGAUUGCCGAGAGAAAAACUACGAUAAUGUUAGAUCAUUAUAUGAAAGAUGGCUAAAGAAACAAGAACAAAGACAGAUCAAUAGAGUGGUGGUGAAUGAAGAUCCUCAAAAUCCAGAUGUCAGUGAUGAUGAUGAUGAGGAAGAUGUUGAGGAAGAUGAAAAUAUUCCUGCCUUGGUUGAUGGUGACACCGAAAUGAUGGAUAUUGAUGAAGAGCCUCAACAACCAAUUGUUGAUGACGAUGGGUUUGAAUUGGUGCAAAAGAAGGGUAGAAAGAGUAGACAUCAUUGA